AUGGAAAAGUCCACUGCAAUCUCCUUCAAUGAGGUCGGUGAGAUCUCCAGUCCCGUUACCGAGAAACGCUCGACUGAGCGCGGUACGAUGGAUGCAAAAACUAUCAAGUGGAUAAUUGUCAACGCAUUAGCGACGGUCACCAUUGUUUAUGUCAACAAGACGAUCUUCUCAGACCCGGCUUUCCGCCAAUGCCAGCUCAGUUUCGUGGCCUUUCAUUUUGCCAUCACCUGGAUCACCUUACACGUUGCUUCAAGGCCUAUUAUUGGGGCAUUUGCACCAGCAAAGACCAGUGCAAUUGGGAUUCUUCCUCUCACGAUCGCCAUGGGGGCCAAUGUGGUGCUCAUGAACUUGUCUUUGGCACAUUCAUCAGUGGUAUUCUACCAGAUCGUUCGGAUCCUACUUACUCCGUUGACUGCUCUGAUGAACCUCUUCAUCUACGGAUCCAAGAUCCCAUUUCUUGCAGCCAUGGCGCUUUUGCCAGCGUGUGCUGGCGUCGGGGUCGUGUCGUAUCUGGAAGCUGUGUCCAAAUCUAAAUCUACCUCGAAUAGCACCUCGAUGCUUGGUGUGAUCUUUGCUUUCACCGGCGUGGCUGUGAGCGCUUUGUACACUGUCUGGGUUUCCGCUUAUUAUCGGAAGCUCAAAAUCUCAAGCUCACAGCUGUUGUUGAAUCAAAUGCCUUUGGGAGGAUUGAUUCUUGCUGUCUCCAGUUACUAUACGGAUAAGUAUCCUGUCUGGGGUGAGAUUACUCGUGAGCAAUGGCUCAUGAUCGGCACAAGCGGCCUGUGUGCCACACUCAUAAACGUGUCCCAAUUCUACAUCAUCACUCAUGCUGGCCCUGUGAGCAGCACCGUCGUCGGCCAUCUCAAAACUGUCCUCGUCAUCGGAUUAGGAUGGAUCGUAAAGCGAGAAGUUGUUGGAGUGGAAAGUGCCUUUGGGGUGGGUCUUGCAGUUCUGGGCAUCAUGGGAUACUCUUAUGCUUUGUACUUGGAGCAGAAUCAUGUUGGAAAGUAG